AUGGGGGUUUUGGAGUUGGGACUGAAUUUUCUGACAGCUGAUGAUAUGAUUGCAAUACUCGCUGUGAAGUUGAGGAAAAGACUGGGUUUCGGGAUGUGGGCAAAGUUGCAUAUUACAGGCAUGCAUGUUGAAGGGAAGCUGUUGAUUGGGGUUAAGUUUCUUCGUAGGUGGCCUUUCCUUGGCCGUCUGCGGAUAUGCUUCAUUGAGCCUCCAUAUUUUCAGAUGACUGUCAAGCCUAUUUUUACACAUGGCCUUGAUGUUACAGUUCUUCCAGGAAUUGCUGGGUGGCUGGAAAAGCUUCUUUCCAUUGCCUUUGAGCAGACCCUUGUUGAGCCAAAUAUGCUGGUUGUUGACAUGGAGAAAUUCGCCUCACCGCAGCAAGAGAGUUGGUUCUCUGUGAAUGAAAAGGAAUCUCUUGGACAUGUCAGAGUAGAAGUUAUUGAAGCAUCUGACAUCAAAGCUGCAGAUCUAAAUGGAUUAUCUGACCCUUAUGUUAAGGGUCAAUUGGGCCUUUACCGGUUCAGGACGAAGACACAAAAGAAAACACUGGCUCCAAAAUGGCAUGAAGAAUUUAAGAUGCCCAUUAUUACAUGGGAUUCAUCUACUGUGCUAUCUAUUGAAGUUCGUGACAAGGACCGAUUUGUUGAUGAUUGCCUUGGGUUUGUUUCUGAACUUAUUUAG